AGUAUUAAAAUAUAUCAGUAACAUUAGAAAUAAAAACUCAGUUUUCCGUUAGCCAAGAACUAUGUGUUAGUGACUGAUGUAAAAAAAAGAUCAUGUGAAAUCACUCUGUGGAAAACUGUGUGUCAAAUCCUUAAUGAAGGGCAAAAUCAAAAUAGUAAAUAAAUCUCACCUACAGAAUAAAUAUUCAAAUUCAAUUUGGGAAACCAAGUGGUGCCGAUUAGUGGUUUCUCACUUUCAUUUUCAAUCUGAUCACUUGAAAGAUUAACCCAAUCACCCUCAGGGGACUAAAGCGACAUCAAUACUCAUUAACUUAUCAUCUUGAUGACUUAUGGCUCCGUCACAUCUAUCUCACAUCUACACCUGAGCUCAAGGUUCACCUGUGCAGUUAAAGUUCAGCUCUGCCGCCACAUUCUCCAUGUGUCUGUAAUAACGUGCUGGACGAAGCAGAGUCUGGUGAAACGAAGGACAGCAGACAUGGGCUCCAGGGCUUUGAGCACCCUGGAAACAAUUCUGGUAUUUCUUUUUGUGGCCAUGACCGGCGCCUGCAUCGGCCUGAUAGUCAUCUACUUCGUGGACAAGGACGAUUCCUCCUCCACACAUAUAGAUGGACCAAACUCAGGCUGCGGUGGUCCUCGAGAGCUGUCAGAAGAGUCUGGCACUUUCACCAGCUUCAACUAUCCAAGCAGCUAUGACAACGGCAAGAGCUGCACCUGGCACAUCACCGUGGAUCCUGACAAGGUGGUCCAUCUGUGGUUUGAGGAGUUUGCAUUGGAGGAAGCCACACUGUGCACGGCAGACUUUGUCACACUGAGGGACUCCCUGGGAGUCAUUGGCAGAUACUGUGGUUACACCAAACCUCGGCCAGCGGUGUCGCUGACCAACCACCUGACCGUCUACUUUGACACAAACGACAGAAAAACGGACCAAGGAUUCAAAGCUCAUUACAAAGCCGUGACUCCGGAGCUCACCUCUGAAAUAGCAGGAGCCGGUGGAUUUCUCCAAGGUGACCAGGGGGAUCUGAUGACCCCUGACUUUCCUAAGCAGAACUACCCCAAUGGAGCGUUGUACCAGUGGAAGAUCACCGUUCCUGAAGGCGAGAGGGUUCGACUGACAUUUACCGCCCUUGACCUGGUCCCUGAAGUCUGUGGAGACUUUGUUCAAGUCUUCGAUGGUCAUGAGGCUGGUUCAUCUCUAAUAGGAAAAAUCUGCGGGAUGUCGCCUCCUAACCCACUGGAGUCCAGCAGGAACACAAUGGUUGUCCGCUUCAAAUCAGAUGAAGCUAAGACUUCGAAAGGAUUCAGUGCAACUUUCACAAAGACCAGCCUUCCACCGGUUGUUGUUUCCACGACAACCAAACCUACAACUACAAUCAAAACUACUGUCAGACCCGUCACACAAACAACCAUCCCACCAACAACAGGCAGUGGCGGACCAGAGAUUAUCGAAGGACGUAAAGGUGUCAUCCACUCCAUGGGUUUCCCUAAUGCAUAUCCUGCUCAUCAGAACAGUUCAUGGAGCAUUACUGUGGCCAGAGGAUUCCUGGUCAAGCUGCAGAUCACUGACCUGGCCAUCGCAGGAGAGACUGGACAGUGUAAAGAGGACAAACUCAUCGUCUCAGAUAAAUACAGCGUGUUAGGUACACACUGUGGGUACCUCCUCCCCCCGGUGGUGGUCAGUGCCAGCGAAACACUCGCUGUCACCUUCCAGUCUGACGGUCGCCUCACAGACCGAGGAUUCUCUGCCAAGUGGGAAGCUGUGUAUCCUGAGGACAUCGCAGAGAUCCAAGGUUGUGGCUUCUCAUCCAAAGAGACAACUGGGGUGAUCAAGUCCCACAACUGGCCUAUGAACUACAAGGCUAACUCUGAGUGCAUGUGGAACAUCGCUACAACUUUAGGGAAAAGUAUCACGCUGUCUUUCACGCACUUUGACCUAGAAGCCAAGGACAUUAUCUCGUCCAAGUGCCUGGAUAAUGUAAAGGUGUAUGACAUCAGUGGCUUGACUAAUGCACUCAUUAAAACACACGGUCCGUUCUGUGGGAAUAAACUGCCUUCAACCAUUCAAACUAAAGGAAACAGGCUGAUGAUCCGGUUCCAUUCAGACCCAUUUAUUGAGGCCAAAGGUUUCAGGGCUUAUUGGACAACAGAUCCUACUCUGCCUGCCCCCACAGAGCCACCUGUUUUGCCUAACCCCUGGGACGACAUUCCCAUAGACUGGCCAGGUACAUGUGGCAAACCAGCCAUUCCUCCUGCUGUUGCAUCUCGUAUUGUGAACGGAGAACCAGCCAGGCCACACUCCUGGCCCUGGCAAGUGUCCAUGCAGGUGUGGCCUGCCAGCCGUCCAGAACCUCAGUUUUCCCACACCUGUGGUGGAACUCUUAUACAUAAGAACUGGGUGCUAACAGCAGCCCACUGCUUCAUCAACUACGCUGAUGAGCUAGAGCGCUGGCAGAUGUGCUUGGGAAAACACAACCUAACAUACACAGAGGCCAGUGAACGCUGCUUCAAUGUGACCGGAAUAUAUCGUCAUGAGGGUUUCAAGUAUCCCACAGUGCCCACAGUGGAGUUUGACGUUGCCCUGGUCAGACUGGACGGAGAGGUUGAAACCAGUGACCAGAUUUCUUAUGCAUGCCUGCCCACUGAGGAGGAGGUCCUGGCUGGAGGCAAAAUGUGCUACGCCAGUGGCUGGGGAGACGAGACGGGUAAUCCACUUACUGCUAAGGUUGCAGAAGCUCUAAACCAGGUGGCUCUGCCUGUGGUGCCGUAUGACACCUGCAAGAGGAUGGACUACUGGUGGUUUCAGGUCAAGACCUCCAUGAUCUGCUGUGGUUAUACUCUACCUGAUGAACUCAAGUCUGUCUGUCAGGGUGAUUCUGGUGGACCACUGGUGUGCCAAGAUGGCCCUGGUCAACCUUGGGAAGUUCAUGGCAUCACCAGCUUUGGUCCAAUUGGUUGUAUUAUGGACAAGAAACCCUCAGUGUUCACCCGCUCCUCUGCCUACCUGCCCUGGAUCAACAAUAUCAUCCGCAGAGACAUCUACAACAAACACGUAUCUGGUUGUGGAGGACCAAGGGACCUGGUUGGUGUUGGUGGAAACGUAUUCUCCAUGAAUUAUCCAAACAGCUACAGCAACAAAGCUCGCUGCCAGUGGAACCUUCGUGUACCAGACGGAAAAGUUGUUCAUCUUCAGUUUCACAAUUUCUCCCUGGAGGAGAGUCAGCUGUGUUUAAAUGACAAAGUCAGUCUCACAGACAGACUUGGAACUCUGGGAACGUUCUGCAGUCAUGUUCCUCCCAAAGCUCUGGUCAGUGAUGGAAACACACUUCACAUCAGCUUCUCGUCCAACGACAAGGUGGUGGAUACAGGCUUUAUUGCCACCUGGCGGGCAGUGGACCCUACAGGAGGUGCCUGUGGAGGCAGCUUCAGCACUAACCAGGGGGAAUUCACUUCUCCUAACUGGCCCAAAGACUACGAGGCCCAGUCCGUGUGCACUUGGAGAAUCACCGUUCCAUCAGCCAAAACGCUCCAUAUAGGAUUCAGUCACUUUGAGCUUCAAGCUCAAAACAUUUUAGGAAAGUGUGUGGACUACGUAGAGGUCUUCAACGGAGCCACCAUGGCAUCACUGGGUCAAUUCUGUGGCUUUGCCCCACCCUCCAACAUGACGGUGCCCACCAACGUGGUUGUCAUUCGCUUCCUCAGUAAUGGAGCCAAUCAGCAGCAGGGUUUUCGUGGGUACUGGACCACUGACAGCAGUAUUGUCCCAACGCUGCCUCCUCCCAGUACUAACCCGUGGGACACUUUAACCAUUGACUGGCCAGAAAAUUGUGGAAACCCAGCGGUGAAGCCGAACACAGAGACCCUGAGGGUGGUGAAUGGAGUGGAGGCAAUCCCACACUCCUGGCCUUGGCAAGUCUCUAUGCAGGUUAAGCCAUUCUCUUUCACGCCAUACUUGCACAACUGCGGAGGCUCUUUGAUUCAUAAGGAAUGGGUCCUAACAGCUGCUCACUGUUUCAUGGGGCCUUUCAGUAACUCCUCAAUGUGGCGCAUGUGUCUGGGCAAACACCACAUGAACUCCUCGGCGGACGUUCCCUCAGCAGAGGAGUGCUACCCAGUGGACGGUAUUAUUAUUCAUGAAGGGUUUGUUUACGAGGAGGAUAGUUCUGACAUUUCCAAUGACAUCGCCCUGGUCCAUCUGACUAAGCCAGUGAAUAUGACCAGAGAGAUCAGCCCCAUCUGUCUGCCCAGGCUCGGAGCUGUGAUGCCUGCUGGAACCGCCUGCUUUGUCACAGGAUGGGGAGAUGAGAAAGGAAGUUUAAUUCCAAGUGUAGCAGAGCAGCUGAAUCAAGCAGCUCUGCCCAUCGUUGACUUCGACACCUGCAGUAAACCUACUUACUGGUGGGACGUUCUCCGGCCGUCCAUGGUCUGUGCUGGAUACGAGUCUCCAGAUGAGCUCAAGUCUGCCUGUCAGGGUGACUCUGGAGGUCCGUUCUCCUGUCGGUCGGCUGAGAACAGCACCACCUGGGAGAUCCAUGGUGUGGUCAGCUUCGGACCUCGGGGCUGCAUCAAAGACAAGAAGCCGUCUGUGUUCACCCGUGUCUCUGCCUUCAGUGCCUGGAUGUCCAACAACAUCAAGAAGUUUAUUUAUGAAAGUUCCAAACCAGUGUCGUGAAUAGGAUUUUAACAGUGUUUGUUGUACAAUGCUAUCAUUUUUAGUUACCAGAUAAAUUAGCAGUUUAAUGUAAAAAAUGUUUUAAAUAACAGUUUUAACUUAUGUUGCUAUUAUACUGUUUGAUUCAAACUAAUAAAGUCCCUUCAGUUGCUGUUAAUGU